CUCAGUCACACGUGUUGCUGACUUGCGAAGCGCGCAGUGAAGAUGGCGGACACAGAAAUUGCCUCAGCCAAGAAACAGAAGAAAAAGACAAAGAAAAUUGCAGAUGAAGAAGUUGGGGAAAUUCAAGAAAGUGGUGACUUCCUCAUCAAACCUGAAUCUAAAGUUGCAAGCUUGGACACAUCUCAAUGGCCAUUGUUGCUGAAGAAUUUUGAUAAGCUCAACAUCAGGACAGCUCAUUACACUCCUCUGCCACAUGGGGCGAAUCCACUCAAGAGGAACAUACAUGAUUAUGUCAGGACUGGUUUCAUUAAUCUGGACAAACCCGCUAACCCGUCCUCCCAUGAAGUUGUCGCUUGGAUCAAGAGAAUCCUUCGUGUUGAGAAAACGGGACACAGUGGCACUCUGGACCCUAAAGUGACAGGCUGCCUGAUCGUGUGUGUGGAGCGAGCCACGCGAUUGGUCAAAUCUCAGCAAAGCGCAGGCAAAGAGUAUGUGGGAAUAGUACGGCUGCACAAUGCACUAGAGAAUGAACAUCAACUAGCAAGGGGUCUGGAGUGUUUAACAGGAGCUUUGUUCCAAAGACCUCCACUCAUCGCCGCUGUGAAACGACAACUGCGAGUGCGGACCAUCUACGAGAGUAAACUGAUCGAAUAUGACCCAGAGAGGAGAUUAGGUAUUUUCUGGGUGAGCUGUGAAGCUGGCACAUACAUCAGAACUCUGUGUGUUCAUCUGGGGCUGCUGCUGGGAGUUGGCGGUCAGAUGCAAGAGCUGCGACGAGUUCGCUCUGGUGUUUUGGGUGAAAAGGAUAACAUGGCGACCAUGCACGAUGUUUUGGAUGCACAGUGGCAGUUUGACCACAACAAGGAUGAGACUUACCUAAGGAGAGUGAUCUUCCCUCUCGAGAAACUGCUCAUCUCACACAAGAGGAUUGUCAUGAAGGACAGCGCUGUGAACGCUAUAUGUUACGGCGCAAAGAUCAUGUUACCGGGCGUCCUGCGAUAUGAAGAUGGUAUUGAGUUGAAUCAAGAAAUUGUCAUCAUAACAACCAAAGGAGAGGCUAUUUGCACAGCGGUUGCACUAAUGACCACAGCUGUCAUAUCCACAUGUGAUCACGGGGUUGUCGCCAAAAUCAAGAGGGUCAUUAUGGAGCGAGACACAUAUCCACGCAAAUGGGGCCUUGGACCAAAGGCAAGCCAGAAGAAAAUGAUGAUUCAAAAAGGACUUCUAGACAAACAUGGCAAACCAAAUGGCAGCACUCCUUCUGAUUGGAAAGAGGGUUACAUGGACUACAGCAUUCCCAAGGCAAAGAAGGUCGAUGGUGGUGAUGCUGGUCAGACAGGAACAAAGAGGAAGCGUGAUGGCAGUGGCAGUGAAAAUGACGCUGCUGCUGAACAGGACACUUCAAAGAUGGAAGAAAUCAAGAAGGAGAAGAAGAAAAAGAAGAAAGAAAAGAAACUGAAGCAGCAGGAGGAAGAGGCAGCGGUUGAAGCUCCUGCAGAGGGUGACACUGAGGUUACGGAGAGUGCAAAGAAGAAGAAAAAGAAAAAGGUGAAAGAUGCAGAGGCUGAAUAGAAGUGAACAUGGAGACUUGUGAAAUAUUAGACUGUUAAAGAACCUUAUGACUUCAGGAAGAUCACACAGACUUUAUUGGGCAAAUGGAAACUCAGUCCUCCAGACUUGCCCACCAAGUGAGUCAUGUCAGCGUUCUGGCACGAUUGUUAUACAGCGGGUUGGUCAAUAUCCAUGGCAAUUAGAUUGUGCUUCUGAAUGGUUAUGUGACUGCCUGUUGUUUUUUGUCCAAGUGGAACCCAUGCUGCCUGGGUAUAUUGAUGUAUUUUGAGUUUUUUUUUUUUUUUAUUAUUAUUGUAAAUACAGAGACUGAAACUGUAAUCCUAAACAAAUCAAAUGAAACGUGAAAUUCUUUUUUUACAAAGAUUGUCCAUUUGUUUUCUUCAAUGCACUUUACAUGUUUGCUAUUAUGCUUUGUUAUCGUGUCACUACUAGGCCUGUUGCAUUUACAGAAUCUGCUCAUUGGAGUUAUUUUAGGUAACUGAUCUUUUGUUCACUUAAUAUUACAUUUUGUGAUCUGAAUAUUUUUGGCCACUGUGUAAGGAUCUGUCUCUGACCGUUUGUGAUUGGAAAAGGAGGGUUGUUAAUUUAUGGUGUAAACAUGGCAAAUUCAUGCUACGUUCCAAUGCGAAGUCAUUAUAGUUUUCUAAAACGGGAAUUAGUUGCAUAAAAAGCAGUGUGAAUUUGUGUAGAAUUGCACGAAAUUCUGGAUCCAUUGACGCAUAAUGUGUGAGCAGAGUUUACAUUUAUCAAUGAAGUGACACCAAUUUAAAGGGGUUAUGAAGUGCUAUUUUCUUGAUGCACAUCCAACACAUUGCAUUGAAAUGGAUUCAUUUCAAGCACAACUUAUUAUUCAGUUAUGACAUUUGAAAUAUUCAUGAGUGAAACUACAUUUUUGAUUGGGUCAAGGUGUUUUUAUCUGGCCCAUCUCAAUAACCGUUCCUCUGCUAAACUUGAGUUAUAAUGACUGGUUCACAAGCAAUCCAUGCUAACAUAAGCUAAACAAAACUGUACAUACGUAGUCCAGAGUGGUGAAACUAGACACAUACACUACCACCAUUCACUUAAGUGCAUAUCACUGGAAAUGUAUAAAAAUGGUCAAAAAUGGCCAUCUUGGUACGUAAUUACAUCCACAAACACUAAAAAAUAGUGCAGAUGCACAAAAGGCAGCAGUAGUUGAGAAUUGCAUCUACCUUGUAGAGUUGUAACUUGGAGUCUUUUAAAAGUGGCAAGAUUCAUAGCAGUGUUCGAAGAGUAGUUCAUGUGUCAUUGUGUCCCAGAAAAGGGAGGUGAUUGGAAGGCAUAGGAAUAAUCCAAAAAGGUGAUUAUUGUGAUGAGUGGUCAAGGUGCUCUAUACCAAGUGCAACAAAAAUAUUAAAUGUUCAGGACUUAUUAAACCACUUCAAUGAGUUCUCAUCAAAAAAAUCCUCCACGUGCAGCAAUGACAGCUUUGCAGAUUCUUGACAUUCUAGCUGUUUGAUUGUCCAGAUACUUGGGUGACAUUUCACCCCACACUUCCUGUAGCACUUGCCCUUGUCUUGUUGGGCACUUCUCACACACCUUACAGUCUAACUGAUCCCACAAAAGCUCAAUGGGGUUUAAGAUCCAUAACACUCUUUUCCAAUUAUCUGUUGUCCAAUGUCUGUUUCUUUGCCCACUCAAACCUUUUCUUUUUGUUUUUCUGUUUCAAAAGUGUCUUUUUCUUUGCAAUUCUUCCCAUAAGGCUGCACCCCUGAGUCUUCUCUUUACUGUUGUACAUGAAACUGGUGUUGAGCGGGUAGAAUUCAAUGAAGCUGUCAGCUGAGGACAUGUGAGGUAUCUAUUUCUCAAACUAGAGACUCUGAUGUAUUUAUCCUCUUGUUUAGUUGUACAUCUGGUCUUCCACAUCUCUUUCUGUCCUUGUUAGAGACAGUUGUCCUUUAUCUUUGAAGACUGUAGUUACACCUUUGUAUGAAAUCUUCAGUUUUUUUUUUUUUUUGGCAAUUUCAAGCCUUGUAAAGCCUUCAUUCCUCAAAACAAUGAUUGACUGAUGAUUUUCUAGAGAAAGGUGUUUUUUUUUUUUUUUUGUAUCCAAUUUUGACAAAGACAUGCCAGUCUAUUGCAUACCGUAGCAACUCAAAAACAAACACAGAGACAAUUUUAAGCUUCAUUUAAUGAACCAAAUAGCUUUCAACUCUGUUUGACGUAAUGGCAAGUGAAUUUCUAGUACCAAAUGAUCAAUUAAUCAUGAUUGCUAAAGGAUAAGGUGUUGGAGUGAUGGCUGCUGGAAAUGGGGAUGGUCUAGAUUUGAUCAUAAAUUACUGUUUUAUACAUCUGAAAUGUUCUUACUAUACUUUGCGAUCAGUUGAAAGUUAAAGUGCCAAUUUCCUUCCGUACAUUAUUCCAAACAUUUGUCUGCCAGUGUGUGUGUACAUAUAUAAACUCAGCAAAAAAGAAACAUCCUCUCACUUUCAACUGCUUUUUUUUCCAGCAAAUUUAACAUGCAUAAAUAUUUUGUAUGAACAUAAGAUUAAACAAUUA